UCCUCGCGAGAGUUCCGUGCGCCGGCCCCAGAUCGCGCGAGACCGCGGAAGGAGCAGGAGUGGGUGGUGCGCGCGGCGGCCGCGACGGACGCAAGAUGGCGACGGCGACCAUAGCUCUCCAGGUCAAUGGCCAGCAAGGAGGGGGGUCCGAGCCGGCGGCGGCGGCGGCAGUGGUGGCAGCGGGAGACAAAUGGAAACCGCCACAGGGCACAGACUCCAUCAAGAUGGAGAACGGGCAGAGCACAGCCGCCAAGCUGGGGCUGCCUCCCCUGACGCCUGAGCAGCAGGAGGCCCUUCAGAAGGCCAAGAAGUACGCCAUGGAGCAGAGCAUCAAGAGCGUGCUGGUGAAGCAGACCAUCGCGCACCAGCAGCAGCAGCUCACCAACCUGCAGAUGGCAGCAGUGACAAUGGGCUUUGGAGAUCCUCUCUCACCUUUGCAAUCGAUGGCGGCUCAGCGGCAGCGGGCGCUGGCCAUCAUGUGCCGUGUCUAUGUGGGCUCCAUCUACUACGAGCUGGGGGAGGACACCAUCCGCCAGGCCUUUGCCCCCUUUGGUCCCAUCAAGAGCAUCGACAUGUCCUGGGACUCUGUCACCAUGAAGCACAAGGGUUUUGCCUUCGUGGAGUAUGAGGUCCCUGAAGCUGCACAGCUGGCCUUGGAGCAGAUGAACUCGGUGAUGCUGGGGGGCAGGAAUAUCAAGGUGGGCAGACCCAGCAACAUAGGGCAGGCCCAGCCCAUCAUAGACCAGCUGGCUGAGGAGGCACGGGCCUUCAACCGCAUCUACGUGGCCUCUGUGCACCAGGACCUCUCAGACGAUGACAUUAAGAGUGUGUUUGAGGCCUUUGGCAAGAUCAAGUCUUGCACACUGGCCCGGGACCCCACAACUGGCAAGCACAAGGGCUAUGGCUUCAUUGAGUACGAGAAGGCCCAGUCGUCCCAAGAUGCUGUGUCCUCCAUGAACCUCUUUGAUCUCGGUGGCCAGUACUUGCGGGUGGGCAAGGCCGUCACACCGCCCAUGCCCCUACUCACACCGGCCACGCCUGGAGGCCUCCCACCUGCCGCUGCUGUGGCAGCUGCUGCAGCCACUGCCAAGAUCACAGCUCAGGAAGCAGUGGCCGGAGCAGCAGUGUUGGGUACCCUGGGCACACCUGGACUGGUGUCCCCAGCACUGACCCUGGCCCAGCCCCUGGGGACUUUGCCCCAGGCUGUCAUGGCUGCCCAGGCACCUGGAGUCAUCACAGGUGUGACCCCAGCCCGUCCUCCUAUUCCGGUCACCAUCCCCUCAGUGGGAGUGGUGAACCCCAUCCUGGCCAGCCCUCCGACGCUGGGUCUCCUGGAGCCCAAGAAGGAGAAGGAAGAAGAGGAGUUGUUUCCCGAGUCAGAGCGGCCAGAGAUGCUGAGCGAGCAGGAGCACAUGAGCAUCUCGGGCAGCAGCGCCCGUCACAUGGUGAUGCAGAAGCUGCUCCGCAAACAGGAGUCCACAGUGAUGGUUCUGCGCAACAUGGUGGACCCCAAGGACAUCGAUGAUGACCUGGAAGGGGAGGUGACAGAGGAGUGUGGCAAGUUCGGGGCCGUGAACCGCGUCAUCAUCUACCAAGAGAAACAAGGCGAGGAGGAAGAUGCGGAAAUCAUUGUCAAGAUCUUUGUGGAGUUUUCCAUAGCCUCCGAGACUCAUAAGGCCAUCCAGGCCCUCAAUGGGCGCUGGUUUGCUGGCCGCAAGGUGGUGGCUGAAGUGUACGACCAGGAGCGUUUUGAUAACAGUGACCUCUCCGCGUGACAUUGGCCCCUCUCCCCGGACUUGCACUUGUUCCUUGUUUCCUCUGGGUUUUAUAGUGAUACAGUGGUGUCCCCGGGGCCAGGCGCACUGUGCCCAGCCCGGCCUAUAGUGCGGAUAAAGGUGCGGAUGCUGCUGGCCCUGAA